AUGGUGACAACUCGAAGCAGCGCACGCAAGACGCCAUCGGUCGAGUUUCCCCUGCUUAACGGCCACGUGGAUGGGAAUGGCCAUGAGAACGCAUAUAGCAAGAGUAAUGGCAACAGCAAGAAGCGCCACAGCAAUGCCAAUGGCGUCAAUGGCCAAGAAGACGGGCACGACUCCAAGCGACAGAAGGUCGCAGAGCCAGUCGACAGAACGAGAUGGCGCAUGAAAUCGGACGACGGGCGACACACCUGGCACUACCUCGACGACGAGGAGGCUGUUAAGAAGUGGCCACAGAGCUACGCGGAUAAGUGGUACCUCGGUCUUCCCCUCGACCUCCCCUCCCUAGAGCCACCCAAGGCCCCUAUCGACGCGGUCCGUAACGGCCUCACUUACUUCGAGCACCUACAGCUCCCGAGCGGCCACUGGGGAUGCGAAUACGGCGGGCCCACUUUCCUUCUCCCGGGUUAUGCCAUCACAUGGUACGCCACGAAGCAGCACAUACCGGAGAUCUACAAGAAGGAGAUGAAGAACUAUCUCUUCGCCCGUGCCCACCCCGAGGACGGGGGCUGGGGCCUGCACAUUGAGGGCGAGUCGACUGUGUUGGGGACAUCUCUCAAUUACAUUGCCCUGAGGAUCAUGGGUGUCGAACCGGACCACCCUGUCAUGACCAAGGCAAGGGCGACACUUCACAAGCUGGGAGGCGCAACGCAUGCACCGCACUGGGCCAAGUUCUGGAUGGCCGUGCUGGGGGUAUGCAAGUACGAGAUCGUGAACCCUGCGCCGCCCGAGCUGUGGUUGCUGCCGGACUGGGUCCCCAUCGCGCCAUGGCGCUGGUGGGUGCACAUACGGCAGGUGUUCCUAUCCAUGUCCUACAUCUCGUCGAAGAAGUGGUCUUGCGAGGAGGACGACCUGAUCCGCUCGCUACGGAACGAGGUCUUUGUGGAGCCGUGGGAGAGUAUCGACUGGAAUGGGAACCGGAACACGAUCUGUCCCAAGGACAACUACCUCCCCAAAAGCUGGCUCUUGAACACGGCCAACUGGUUCCUGGUGAAUAUCUGGAACUCAUAUCUGCGUCCCAACGCCCUCAAGAACAAGGCGGAAGGAUGGGUGGGUAACUUGGUGGACAUGGAGAUGGCCAACACGGACUUUGCCUGCCUGGCACCUGUCAACCAACCCAUGUCUCUUGUGUGCUGCUACAUCCGCGACGGUCCCGACUCAUACAACGUGCGGCGUCUACGCGAGCGCAUGGAGGACGGCAUUUUUGUCAACUCGGACGGCAUGAUGGUCUGCGGUACAAACGGCGUGCAGUCAUGGGACACGGCAUUCGCGAUCCAGGCCGUGGUAAGCGCGGGCCUGGCCGACGAUCCGAGGUGGCGGCCCAUGCUCAACAAGGCCCUAGAGUUCCUUGACAACCAGCAGAUCCGAGAGGAGGUCAAGGACAUGGACAAGUGCUACAGGCACCCUCGCAAGGGUGCGUGGGCCUUCAGCACCAAGGUGCAAGGUUAUGCAGUCAGCGAUUGCGUGUCGGAGGCGCUCAAGAGCGUGAUUCUCCUGCAGAAGGAGGCGCCGGGAUACCCACAGCGACUGGACGACCGGCGGAUCUUCGACGCGGUGGACACGCUGCUCACCUACCAGGACCCCAAGACGGGCGGGUGCGCGUCAUACGAGCGGCCGCGUGGUGGGCAGUGGAUGGAGAUGCUUAACGCGGCCGAGAUCUUCGGCAACAUCAUGGUCGAGUACCUGUACCCGGAGUGCACGACGGCGGCGGUCACGACGUUGUCCCUGUUCCAGAAGCACUGGCCGGACUACCGGGCGAAGGAGGUGGCCACGUUCAUCGAGCGGGCGGUGCGCUGGAUCAAGACGGCGCAGUAUGACCAUGGCGGGUGGUAUGGCAGCUGGGCCAUCUGCUUCACGUACGCGACCAUGUUUGGGCUGGAGAGUCUGGCGACUAUUGGGGAGACGUAUGAGAACAGCGAGUCUUCCAGGAGGGGAUGCGAGUUCUUGAUUUCGAAGCAGCGUGAGGACGGUGGCUGGAGUGAGCAUUAUCAGUCAUGCGAAGAAAUGCGUUAUGUCGAGCAUCCGAGCGGCAGCCAGGUGGUCAUGACAGCGUGGGCGUUGAUCGGGCUGAUGCUGGCCAAGUACCCAGACGUGGAACCUCUCAGGAGGGGCGUGGCGUUCAUUGCGGGGCGGCAGCAACCUGACGGUGAGUGGAAGCAAGAGGCAGUCGAGGGCGUGUUCAACAAGAGCUGUUGCAUUGGGUAUCCCAACUACAAGUUCACGUUCACGAUCAAGGCCCUGGGUAUGUUUGCCCAGCGGUACCCAGACGUCAAGCUCAGCGUUUGCAUCGACCCACCACCACAGAGCCAUUAUGUCUGCCGAAAGUUCAGAGAGGCGGGCUUCAAAGCCAUUGAGCAGCGCAAGUGGCCCGAAGCCAUAGACAACCUGACCAAAGCAAUCAAUCAAUCAAAGUCCCCGGCCUGGCUCCUCGGCCGCUCGCAAGCCUUUAUGGAGACUGGCCAGCUCGACAAGGCCAUCGCCGACGCCGAGUACGCCUACUGCACCGCCGCCGAGCGGGGCAACGACAAGAGCCGCAAGCAGAUGAUCGAGGCCCAGUACCGCCGGUCUGUCUGCUUUUACCGCAAGAAGGAGUACGCCAACGCCGAUAUCUGCGCAGUAUGGUCUCAGCGCCUGGCUAAGGGCGUGGCCGUGAGGGAGGCCAAGUCCGUGCAACAGGAGGGUGUCAACGACAAGGGAUACUACUUUGCGACCGUCGCACAGGCCGCUGCCGAGGAAGGCGGCAAGAACUCCUCCGAGGGCGGUGACCAGAUGGCGAAGCUUUCGGCGCUGAUGGGCGGCGGUGGCUCGGACAAGACGCCGUACUCCAAGGACUGGAACAAGGCACAGAUAUGGCGCACUCAGGUGCUGCGCUUCCUCGAGACACUGCCUGAGGACGACCCUGCGCGGAAGAUCACGAUCCAGUUGACUCCGACGAAGCCAAGUAAAUUGGGCACUGAAAUCCAAUCAGCCCAGAGCAGUGUGGCCAAGGCCACGUCAACGCCAGCGUCAGCGCCGGUGCCGGCGCCAACCCCCGAUUACUCUACUUUCCGCACCCAGUUCUACCAGAGUGACACCACGAUGACAGUGUCGGUGUUCAUGAAGUUUGCUAGCAAGGAAGACAUGGACAAGGUGGAAGUGCGCUUCGCACGGGGUGGGAAAUUCGUGGUCGCCAAGGGCGUCCCGCGAGAACCUCCCAUCCUGUUCAUCGAAUGCCACGACCGCAUCUCCGUCUCGAAAUCCGCUUACCGUGUUGCGUCUAUGAAGCUGGAACUCACGCUCGUCAAAGAGGUGCCCGGCAAGUGGCCCGACUUCGGUACCCAAAGCAGUUCCUUGCCCGAGUCCUUGGUUGAGCUUCAUGAUCCAGGAUUUUACAAAUGGUUGGCCAUUCCAGAGCCCAGCUCGACAACUAAAGAGCCGCCCGUCGCGGUUCUUGAAGAGCCGUGUACCAGUACCAUCCCAGUGUCCGACCCUGAAUCUAAAGAAGCGGCCCACACCGAGCCGUCCGUCGCGACCUCAACUGCAACGACGAGCUCCAAAGCCGCCAGCAAAGCGCCUGCCUACCCCACGUCGUCCAAGUCCGGUCCGAAGGACUGGGACAACAUUGCCGAUGACGACGAGGAGGAGAAUAAUGCGGAUGUGGACUCCUUCUUCAAGAAGCUGUACCAGAACUCCACACCAGAGCAGCAGCGUGCCAUGAUGAAGAGCUACACCGAGAGCAACGGCACCGCGCUAUCCACGGACUGGAGCUCCGUUGCCAAGGGCAAGGUCGAGACGCAGCCCCCGACCGGGAUGCAGGAGAAGAAGUGGGGGGCUUGA